UAUGCCAGCCAGACUCAACCCAGCAGUGGUUCACUAACUCCUUCCCCCGUCCCAAGCUCUCAUUGUCCCCCUCCAAGAUGGAGGGGCUGGAGGUUUUAGGGGGCUACCCGACCAAGCCCUCGAACCCUCGAUCACGAAUGGUCAGGGUUCUACUAAGUAUGACUGUUGUUAUGGGAUGUUUAUUAAUGUUACAUAGUUUUCUCAAAAUCGCUAAGUCGCGGAAGCCGCAAGAUUUCUACUCUUUUGAGGUGAAGGACGCCAAAGGGAAAAGCGUUUCUCUGGAGCGAUACCGAGGCAAAGCGUCUCUGGUUGUCAACGUGGCGAGCCACAGCGAACACACAGAGAGUAACUAUCGCUCUCUGCAAGAGCUGCACCGGGAACUGGGAACGUCCCAUUUCAACGUGCUGGCUUUUCCCUGCGGCCAGUUCGGGGAGACCGAGAUGGGGACCAGCCGGGACAUCGAGGCCAACGCCAAGAAAACCCAUGGUGUAACCUUUCCUAUCUUCAGUAAGAUCAAAGUCAUGGGAUCGGAGGCGGAGCCAGCUUUCAAAUUCAUAACAGAUUCUGUACAAAAGAUUCCUAAGUGGAACUUCUGGAAGUUCCUGGUGAACCCUGAGGGCCAGGUGGUGAGGUACUGGAAGACAGAGGAGCCCGCCGAGAGCGUGCGUCAGGAGGCCACGGCCAUGGUGCGCCAGAUCAUUCUGAAGAAAAGGGCAGAGCUCUAACGGGUUUGAACUUGGAACUUGUCAAGACAGGAGUGACUACACCUCUGAGUUCAAGAGUUCAAUUGAACGUCCUGGGGUACUGUACGACGGACGAACGUUACAACACACUUUAUUACCCUGUGACGUGGGAAAUGAUUUGGCCACUUUGCCAAACUUUGCAGAAGAUCAUGCUCACUGCACUGUAGGUGGAUUUAGUAUUUUACUGGAUGGCAACAAGACUAGAAUAAGAGCCUGUGUGUGUCUCUGUGUGUGACUCUGUGUGUGUCUCUGUGUGUGUGUCUCUGUGUGUGUCUCUCUGUGUGUGUGUGUCUCUGUGUGUGUCUCUGUGUGUGUCUCUCUGAGGGUGUGUCUCUCUGAGGGUGUGUCUCUGUGUGUGUCUCUGUGUGUGUCUCUGUGUGUGUCUCUCUGAGGGUGUGUCUCUCUGAGGGUGUGUCUCUGUGUGUGUCUCUGUGUGUGUGUCUCUGUGUGUGUGUGUCUCUGUGUGUGUGUGUCUCUGUGUGUGUCUCUCUGAGGGUGUGUCUCUGUGUGUGUGUGUCUCUGUGUGUGUGUCUCUCUGUGUGUGUGUGUCUCUGUGUGUGUGUGUCUCUGUGUGUGUGUGUCUCUGUGUGUGUGUCUCUGUGUGUGUGUGUCUCUGUGUGUGUGUCUCUCUGUGUGUGUGUCUCUCUGUGUGUGUGUCUCUCUGUGUGUGUGUCUCUGUGUGUGUGUGUCUCUGUGUGUGUGUGUCUCUGUGUGUGUGUGUCUCUGUGUGUGUGUGUCUCUGUGUGUGUCUCUGUGUGUGUGUGUCUCUGUGUGUGUGUGUCUCUGUGUGUGUGUGUCUCUGUGUGUGUGUCUCUGUGUGUGUGUCUCUGUGAGGGUGUGUCUCUGUGUGUGUGUCUCUGUGUGUGUGUCUCUGUGUGUGUGUCUCGGAGGGUGGGUCUCUCUGAGGGUGUGUGUGUGUGUGUGUGUCUCUCUGUGUGUAUGUCUCUCUGAGGGUGUGGGUGUGUGUGUGUGUGUGGGCCAUGUGCCAUGUCGUUUACGACUAAGCUAGUAUCAUGGCCUGGACGAACCACUUCUAGUAUCAUGGCCUGGACGAACCACUUCUAGUAUCAUGGCCUGGCGGAACCACUUCUAGUAUCAUGGCCUGGCGGAACCACUUCUAGUAUCAUGGCCUGGCGGAACCACUUUGAUGUGUAAUGUGGAUUUUCUGUUCCAUACAACUCUUUUUGUCAGUACUCUCUGGUAACUACAUGUAUACAUGGCCAUCUUGUUCAGUUUGUCUUGCUCUGACAUAGAUUAAAGACUGUUAUGUUUA